GAACAGGCCCAUAGAUGCGAUGACGCCCUGGAGUCCGACUAUGAUCCAUAUGAUGAUCAGUCUUUGGCGCCUGGAAAUUCCCAAGCUGACCAUUGUAAUUCGAAGUGGACGGCUGGUGUGAGUUUGUGCAAGUGAAUGUUUGCACAAUUCUCCGCUUUCCUUCUUGAAAAUUGAAAUGCCGAACAAUCCUGUUGAGAAUCGAGACCGUUAUCGUGCGUGGAAUCAAGCUCCGAUUGUGCUUGUGCCGUGUCACAAGUCUCGCCUCUCGCGUGAUGAAAGCGCCAUCUAAACAGUGAAAACUCGGGUCUGAAAGACGUUGCAUCAGGCGGCCGCCGCGAUCGAAGCCAAACAAACGUUUCCCGCGCGCUCAAGCCGUUCCCUCUCGUCGCUGCGCUUCAACUGUCUCCCUUCCCGCCCCCGCUCCUCCCGAGCUAGGGUUCGAUGGAUCCCGCCGCCGCGGCCUCCGCCGACGGGGGCGCAUUCCUGGAGUUCGUGGACUACGCCGUCUCCAUGCUCUCCUCGUCCGGCGGCGACGGGGACGCCGACGGCUACGAGUCACCGGGGGACGGGCCGGCGCCCGCGCGGCCGCCGUGGGGGUGGGCGGUGGCGCAGGUGCUCAAGUCGUGCUGCGCCUACUCCAGCGGGGUCACCGCCGCCAUCGUCCUCUCCGACCUCUUCCAGUCUUGGACAGAACAGCGUAAAUCCCUAACCUCAAAGAGGAAGGUCGAGCUGACCAAACUUAUAAACACGAGGAAUAAGAGGAGGCGGCUUCCUAAUACUGUUACAAUCGAUUCUAUCCAUGAGAAGAACUUCCUUUCUCCCAAGAGUGUCCUUGAAGCUGUCAUCAUCGAUGUGUUCGUCCUUCCCGGUACAAACAUAUACAUGCUUACCUUGGGAGACAUGUGGAGCGCAUCCACUAUUGACCUAUAUUUACACCGAAGGUACUAUGACUACAUAGGACAGUAUGGUAUGUUGAAGAAGGGUCGAGAAGUUAUGCUCACAGGAUGUUGUCUUCGUACAGCCAUGGAGGGAUCUGGCCAUGCUCGUAUUUUGCCCACGGAGUACAUGGUGAUAUUACUCGAUGAGGACCAAGAUGAAGACGCCAUGUUACUUGCUGCACAGUUUUGCACCUACUCAUUCUCAUCCAUGAUCCUAGAGGAAAGCAGAAACGAUGUUCCAUACUCAUUUUAUGCAAGGAUUGAGAAGAUUGAGUCCUUGGAACCUUUAAGAUGUACAGAAAGAAAGCAGAUUGUUCUUGUAGACAAUGAUGAUGCAAAGAUGAAAUUUAUUUUAUGGGGAGAGCAAGUUUUACUUGCAAAUCUUUUCAGUGUAGGGAGCAUGCUUGCUCUGGAUAGGCCUUUCAUCACGAAUUUUGUAGACAAUAAUCAUGAGGAGUCUCAGGAACUGUGCCUUGAAUAUGGCAGUGCAACACAGGUUUACGUGGUGCCAAUUGCUCAACAAGAAGAACAGGUGCCUUUUACACCUACUCAAAUAAAGAGCCAAGGACCUCGGCUAUCAUGUGUUCCGACUGAUAAUGUAGCUUCACAAGUAACAUUACCGCGUGAUUUGCAUGGUUCAGUUGACUUCAGCAAAUAUCCAUUUCGAGUAUAUGUAAGUGACCUUCAUGAUAAAAUGGUGGGAGUCUGUCUUUUUGGUACCAUAACUAGUGUUUGCAAAGCAAGCGCAUCUGGGACUACGUUUUAUUUGGAGCUAGAAGACACAACAGGAGUUGUUCUGAUGAAGCUUAUCUUUAUUGGACCCUGGUCAUUUGGUAGAGUAGGAGUUGGACAUAUGGUGUACAUCUCCGGUUUGACUUGCACCAUGAGUUCAACAAACAUCCUUGAAAUCUCAUGGCGCGAAAAGGAGCCAGGGUCUCUGUUUGUUAACUUAAGCUUGCUGCCAGCGCUGCUGAAUUCAUCGUGCCUGCAUAAUUUAGCACCCUUGUCAGAUCUUCCCCGUUUGACAAACAGAACACAUAUAUGUCGUAUUCGACUAGACCACAUUGAUUGCAACAGCUUAAAGGUGCUAUUAUUCCACAACAUCUGUGGCUGUGUUGUGAACGAACAUUCAGGCGAACUUCAAUGUUCGUUCUGUAAGGGUGCCUGCAGUAGUGGAUGCGCACAUGGCUUUCAGUUGCACUUGACCAUUGCAGACGACAGUGCAAAGGUCUUCGCUUGGUGUGUCGGGCAAACGGCUGUCGAGUUCCUCCAGAUAUCUCCUGAUGAAUAUCUGGAACUCCCUGAGGAUGAACGGGCAAUGUAUCUGUACACUCUUCAGAACGAGAGUUUCAUGGUUGCCAUUGCGAAUACCAGCAAGCGGGUCGAUGGGUGUGCUGUGAGUGACGAAGCUCUCCCAGUUUGGGAGAUCACGAGAGCCCAGAAAUGCGAGUGAGUUUCUUCAGUAGUUGGGAAAGAAAGUUUUAUGAGGCAAAGUAGUCCAUGUUUUAUCUCAAUGUUGGGUUUAUGGUGAUUGGUGCAUUAGCAGUGCUUUGUAAGUAAGCUUUAGGAGAACGUUAGUCAACCAAAAUACUCGAGAGCAAUGAGCAAAAACGCUAUUCGAGAAGGUGUAGCGUUUGGACCUGCGCAGUGCUACACGGCACACGCCGCGCCGGCGCUGGUGAGGUCGGACGCGCUCCUGCCCCAGCCGGAUUAGCUGACCAGAGCCGGCGCCCGGCGAUGCCUCAUAAGUCGUAAGUCAACGGCACAGCCCAGUUGCCGACCUUGCUCCACGGUAGACGCACCGUCAAUCCGUCAUCCAGAGCUUCGUGCUGCCACUGACAACCGCGCAACACAUACCGCUGCUUGCCGAUGUUACAGUAUCCAGAUUCGAGGACGAGUACAGAAGCUACCUUGGCUGCAUCUGCGAACGCCGGUGGCCGUGGCUCUGUGCAUGGUGUGGGGCAGAACAGAACCCAGAGGAACCAAAUAACGCUUGCUUCAACGGGUUCUGAAGCUAGGACUGUCCAGCCGUUCUUCCCUGGCUGAUCUCUGCCGCCGCUGCGUUGACCUUCUUCUUCUUUUAGACCAAGAGCAACUCCUUACUGAUUAGAGAUCCCUGACAGAUUGUUUGUGGUAUAAUGGGUAUCCUGAUAUGAUAUUUUCCUGGGUUAUUACUAAAUAAAUUGUAUAGGUGACGUGUACGUUGACUUUGUAGUAUUUGG